AUGCGGUCAAGUCUCAAGACCCUCGGCGGGUGCUUGUUGUCUAUCCUUGUGAGCACAAGUCAGGCAGUCUCCAUCCCGACAGCUCACGGAGACAACCCUGCUACAUUAUUCGAUUGGGGUGAAACCGAGUCAUCCUCACAUCUCGUCUUCCACAAAUGCUAUGAUGGGAGUUUCGAGUGCGCAAAGCUCUUGGUGCCGCUAGACUGGAGUGAUCUGUCCAACCCAAAUAAUGUCUCCAUCGCCAUUGUCCGACUGCCCGCUGUUGUUGAUCGAGCAGAUGAAUCAUACGGCGGUGCUAUUCUUGUCAACCCCGGAGGCCCAGGAGGUUCCGGGACCGACAUUCUACUCGCAUCGGGAAAAGGGCUGCAGAAGCUUGUGGAUGGUGAGAAACAUUUCGAUGUACUGUCCUUUGACCCUCGCGGCAUGAAGUACACGACACCGAGUGUUAGCUGCUUCCAAGAUGACCCCUCCAGGCAAGCUUUGUUGAUUCUGGGCAUGGGAGCAGGUGGUUUGGAUGAUUCCUCCAACGCUUUGAACUUGAAGUGGGGGAUUGAUCAAGGACUCGGUCGUCUUUGUGCACAUUCCGGUUACUACGCGGAUGGAUCCAACAUUCGCCAAUUCGUCAGCACUGCAUUGGUAGCUCGUGACAUGGUCGAGAUUAUUGACAGACUGGAUGAGAAUCUGAAGACCGAGCUGGAGGACGGAAAGAGGCCCUCGGGGUUAAAUUAUCAGCAGCAGACCCUUUCACAGACCUCGAGCGACGAUGUUCCUCUCCUCAAUUACUGGGGCUUGUCUUAUGGAACAAUGCUGGGCAACACAUUCGCUUCCAUGUUUCCUGAAAGAGUGGGUCGGGUGAUUCUGGAUGGAGUUGUAGAUGCGGACGAUUACGUCUCAACAGGAUGGACGACGAAUCUUCGGGACAACACUAAGACGUGGUCGAAGUUCUUCGAGUACUGCUUCGAGGCGGGUUCAAAAUGCGCCUUGUAUCAUCCUUCAUACAAGUCUGCUAACGACAUCCGUGAUAAGGUGGAUGCUUUCUGGGAGAAGCUCAAGCAAGAACCCAUACCGAUAGUGAUUGGAGGUAACAUGGGUAUCCUUACAAAUUUCAUCUUGCGAACAUUCGUACACACGGCACUUUAUAUCCCAAAUGUUCUUUGGCCUUACCUGGCCGUUUUCAUUGAUUCACUGGCCAACGAAGACCUGGUGACCGCAAGUUCAAUGUUGGAGGAGGGCCUCUUAUGGCAGCACGAACUGCCAUUAUAUUUCUCGCCUUCUCUGCCGCCUAUUCCUAAACUAUCAGACUACUUCUCGAUGACUUCCAACAAACCCGACCAACAACCGCAAUUCGGCUAUGCUUGGAGCCUGGAAGCAUCAAUCUCAGUACUUUGUGGUGACGGCGAGGAUAUCACAGACCGAACCAAGGCCAAUCAAACCGACUAUUUGGCUCUCCUUGAAUCUCAAUCUAAGAUCAGCGGACCUGUCUGGGCGGAGAUCAAUCUUCAUUGCAUUCACUGGCCUUCGGAAUUGAGACCAACAUCAAAGAACCGUUUUACAGGACCCUUUGGAUCGAAAUUGUCGCAGUAUAAUCCAAAGGGAAGUCCGAUAUUGUUCAUCGGAAACACCGCGGACCCCGUGACGCCUGUUUUCAAUGCUCAUAAAAUGUCCAAAUCGCACGAGGGAAGUGUGGUCUUCACACAGGAUCUUCCUGGUCACUGCUCCACCGCAGCUAAUCCAAGUACUUGCCUCUUCCCCAUUGUCAGGGCAUUCUUCGCAAAUGGGACGUUGCCUCCUAAGGGUUUGGUCUGCGAGGGUAUGUUCAAGCCAUGGGACUUAGUUUAG